AUGGCGGAUGACGCUUCGCACGCCUUUCAGCUUGCGCUAGAAGGACUGAAAGACUUGAAGGUGAAGUGUGAGGUGAUCAAUGGCAAUGGCUCCGAACCCAGAUUCGACCUCUUCCACUUUGAGUGGUCCAUUUGUUCCUGGAAGACGCGCAUCGUCUUGAUGGAAAAAGGCGUCCCGUGGCGCUCCUGGACCCUGGACCCACGGGCGCACAGCAACUACGCUCCGGCGUAUGUGCGCCUUCGUUCGCUGGGCACCACGUCCAGCACGAAGCUGGUUGGAGAGGUGUACAAUGGCUCGACAUCAUCGGAAAGCCAGGGCUUCGAUCCGCUGGUGGUGCCAACAUUGGUGGAUCGCCAAGAGCGACGGGUGGUGGUGGAUUCCAAGGCCAUUUGCGAGUAUGUGGAUCAAGUUGUGCCGAAGGUUUGUUUGAUUCCUCCAGAGCACGCAGUGCUCAUCCGAAAGCACCUGGCCCUGGUCGACGAAACUCCGCACCAGGGCAUCUUGUACGGCCUGCACCUCGCAGACGUGGUUGCCGAACGGAAGGAUCCAUUGGUGGUGGCCUUCGCGGGUGUCAUCAGCAAUGCUCAAGCAGGACAGCUGAAGAGCCUCCAAGCGCGGCUCGCGGAGGAUUUGGCGCCAGAGUUGCGCAAGCUCUAUGAGGCUAAGAAGAAGAAGACGGAACUGGCGAAGAGCGCGGUGGGCAAGCUCAGUGGUUUGAAGGAGACGUACCGAGCGAUGCUGGCAAAGGUGGAUGCCAUGCUUCUAGAGUUGGAGGCUGAUCUGAGGAAGACAGGUGGCCCCUAUGUGUGUGGCACCACGUGCACCAUGGCAGACUUGGUUUGGCAUUGCAGCCUGCUACGUCUCUACGAGUUGGGUUUCGAGGAUCACUAUGCUCAGGAGAAACUUCCCCGAGUGCACGAGUAUGCCCAUCGGAUCUUGCGCCGUGACACCUUUGCGCGCGCCACCUACUUGUGGCCCUACAAACCGGUCACCCGUAACCUGAAGCUGCUCAUGUCGGAGCAGAUGCCCUUGCAGGCUUUCUUCCUGAACCUCAUGUCGAAGAUCUUACUGGGUGGGUGGAGUUGUUGCUGUCUUUGA